AUCUCUGACCUCCUGACUACAACGGACAAGCUUCCUGGUGGGUGUCGGCUGAACCUGAACACCCUGGCUACUUCUGCGAGUGAGGUUUCUGAUCGUACAUCAGUGUCCAUGGCAGAGUCCGCUGAAACAGCAUCCUUAGAGCCUGAGUCACCAGCAGUAAGGGAGUCGCACUUUGGAGACACCGCCAUGGCUCUCGUCAGUGAAAAUAGGGACAGUGAGAAAUCUUCAUCAGAUGAAGAGAAGUGUGAGGCGAUGGAGGAAAAAAUUGUAUGCUCUUUUUACCUCGAAGGGAAGUGCAGAUUCGGCGAGCAGUGUUUCAAUUUGCACCCAUCAGAUGCAGUAAAAGUGGUAAGUAAAAAAACAAAAAAGAAGAAUAAAGGAAAUGUAAAGAAGGUUGCUAUGGAAGAAACAAAUCAAUUUGUCAAAAAACCUUCCAUGAAGACCGCCGGCGAUGUAAGGCACAGAAUACAGUGGGAUGAAAAUCUCCAAGAAGAAUACUUCACUGUUGGAUACAUGGAUCGAUUUUCUGGCGUUGUGGAGAAGCCGUUCACAUCGUUCCACUGGGAGCACCUUGCUCUUGUGGACGAUGACCAGCUGGCCAUCCCUCAGCACCGUAUCCAGUAUUUCAAGUACAAAGGAACCAAGGUUUGGGACAAAAACGAGCGCUUCGAUCACGUGUUCGGCAGCGCAGGCGACGGCGUCAGGAUCCAGGAUAAGAUAAAGGAUAUUGAUGAGGAAUUAGAGAGGCGAGCGCGUGUCUUCAAUCCCCUUGGUCAUUAUGGGAGGUGGCGAUGCGACGGGUAGAGGCUUAGUGGCAGAUUACUGUGUUGCUGAGAAACCCAAAGUUGAGCUACUCCGUGCCACACACUUCUUAUGUAUUAAAGUGAAAAACGAGAAAAUAAAAUCUAUGGCUACAGAAGUGCAAGAUCAUGUGAUACAACAGGAACCUGUUCUUCGCAGCUGCGCCAUGCCGAAUGAGCUAUUACACGUCACUCUGGCAAUGGUCCGGUGUGAGAGUCCUGAGGCAGUCCUUGAAGUCAGUAAUAUCCUCAGAGAUUUGAGACCAGAAAUUCAAGAUCUCGUAGGCGUCCAUGACAGUAAUCCUCAACGCACAGUAAAAGCUCGUGGGUUAACUACUUUCGGUGCUCGAGUACUUUACGUGAAGCUGGACGUGCCAGCGGCGUUUACGUCGAUCAUCGAACACCUUCACAAAACUCUUCAACGCAUUGAUGGCGUUACCAUUACAAACCACUUCGACUUUGUCCCACACAUGACUCUACUGAAGGUGAAUCGUGUAACUGCACGAGAAAGAAGGUCUAGAUACUUAAAUUCUAUUCUGUAUAGUGAUUACAUUGAUCAGGAUUUUGGAAUUAUUUCCGUAGAUAACAUCCAUUUCUGUUUAAUUGAUGAUAUCAGAGGUCCAGAUGGUUUCUACGUUACAUGUAAGAAAAUUAAUUUCUAAUAUAAAAAUGUUACACAUCUGUAAUCAAAAAUAUAAGGCGUUAUUAAAUUAUAUUCUAAC